AUGCAGACUUCUAUAUACGUUGGAUUGGGAGUUCUUUUUCUUUGCUAUCGCCUCUACCACAUCUACUACAACCUGUACCUCCAUCCUCUGGCUAAGAUCCCUGGGCCCAAACUAUAUGCCAUCUCCUGGCUUCCCCGUCUCUGGAGGCAGCAUAUCCGAGGCUGCCACUACAAAGACCUCGUCGGCCUACACGACAAGUAUGGCAUCAUUGUACGCGUAGGCCCAGACGAGGUCUCCAAUGCCACGGGAACAGCCUGGGAUACCAUCGGCGGAAGCUCGCAGCAGUUCAUGCGCGACCUCAACUUCUUCAGUGUCUCGCAGCUGCAGGUCGAAGGCAAGAGUUUCAUCUCGCAGAACAAGCAGGAUCACCAUGCCAUCAGGCGGCUGCUGCUCCCGGCUUUCACCAACAAGGCGUUCAUGCACCAUGAGGACAUCGUGAACGUGUGGUUGGACAAGCUGCGCAACAAGAUCGAAGACCAGAAGGGCAAGGAGUUCAACAUCGAGCGCAUGUUCACGUGGUUCACCUUCGACGUGAUGGGCGUCCUGAGCUUCGGCGAGGACUUCUCGUGCCUCGAGAACGAGCGCAACCACCCGUACCUUCACGCCGCCGAGGUGGGCGCCCCGUUUCUCUCCGUGAUGCAGGUCCUCCUGCGGUUCCCGGCCACCAGGGGCUUCUACAACUUGGCCUUGCGCCUCCCGUGGAUGGACUGGUGGAACAGCUUGCGGGUCAUGUCUGACUCGACGGCUGCACGGUGGCUCGACACGGUCGAUGAGGCGGGUGGAGACCGGGGAGACAUCAUGAGUACCAUCUACAACGGCAUGAAAGAUAAAGAACACCCCAUCACCCGUGUCCAGGCUCUUGAUGUGGCGUCCAUCCUUGUCUUGUCUGGUAGCGAGGCGACGCCCAUCCUGAUGACGGCCAUGAUGUGGAACAUUAUGAGCGUUCCCCGUGUCUACGAGAGGGUGAUGCAUGAGAUCAGAUAUUCUGGUAUCAUCAAGAGCGCAGCCGACAUCACGGCGGCCAACACAGACCAAAUGGUCUACAUGGAUGCCAUUAUCCAAGAGAGUCUGCGGACAGAUACGCCGUUCGCCACGACCAUCCCACGUAUCGUGCCACCUGGCGGGGCUUCGAUAGAUGGUUACUGGUUACCGGGAGGCACUACUUGUGGUGUACCACACUACACUGCCGGAAAUUGGGAAUACAACUUCUCAGACCCAGGGUCCUUCGUGCCUGAGCGCUGGCUGCCUGAGCGUGACGCUAGAUACGCAAAUGACAAGAGAGCUGCAUUCAGACCUUUUGCCAAGGGCAGCUUGGACUGCAUCGGAAAGCGAUUCGUCUACCACGAGGUGCGCAUGGCCUUCGCGGCCCUGUUCUGGCAUUUCGAUUUCGAACUUGCACCGCAAUCCGUCCACUGGGACAAGGGUCACCGAGCUGAAUACAUCCGGAUUAUCCGGCAGAAGAGGCCGUUAUAUGUCAAGGCUAAGCCCAGGGCUGAUCUUGAAGUUGUGUAG